CUCCCGCAGCCGUUGGCCGCGGCCGUUGGCGGGGCGCGCUCGGCCAACGGCCAUGGCGCUCUCCUCGGCGCCCCUCAAGGUCUGCAUCGUGGGCUCGGGCAACUGGGGUUCUGCAGUUGCCAAAAUAAUAGGCAAUAAUGUAAAAAAAGUGCAGAAGUUUGCUUCUACAGUGAAGAUGUGGGUGUUUGAGGAGAAUAUUAAUGGGAGAAAACUGACAGAUAUCAUAAAUAAUGAACAUGAAAAUGUAAAAUAUCUCCCUGGAUACAAGCUGCCAGAUAAUGUGGUUGCUAUCCCGAACCUUAAUGAAGCUGUGCAGGAUGCAGACUUGCUGGUGUUUGUCAUUCCUCAUCAAUUCAUUCACAAGAUCUGCGAUGAAAUCACUGGACGAGUACCCAAGAAAGCUCUUGGUAUAACGCUCAUAAAGGGAAUAGAUGAAGGACCGGAGGGACUCAAGCUGAUCUCCGACAUUAUUCGUGAGAAGGUGGAGAUAGACAUCAGUGUGCUCAUGGGAGCCAACAUUGCCAACGAGGUUGCAGCGGAGAAGUUCUGCGAAACCACAAUAGGCAGCAAAAUCUUGGAGAAUGGCCUUCUCUUCAAAGAACUCCUGCAGACUCCAAACUUCCGAAUAACUGUAGUCGAUGAUGCAGAUACUGUUGAGCUUUGUGGUGCUCUGAAGAAUAUAGUGGCAGUAGGAGCUGGGUUUUGUGAUGGCCUUCGCUGUGGAGACAACACCAAAGCUGCCGUCAUUCGCCUCGGCCUCAUGGAGAUGAUCGCCUUUGCCAGAAUCUUCUGCAAAGGACAGGUGUCUACUGCCACCUUCCUGGAGAGCUGCGGCGUUGCCGAUCUCAUCACAACGUGCUACGGGGGCCGGAAUCGCCGGGUGGCAGAAGCAUUCGUUAAAACUGGCAAGUCUAUUGAAGAAUUGGAGCAAGAAAUGCUGAAUGGUCAGAAACUGCAAGGACCGCAGACUUCUGCAGAAGUGUAUCGCAUCCUCAAACAGAAAGGAAUGGUGGAAAAGUUUCCACUCUUCACUGCUGUAUAUCAAAUCUGCUAUGAAGGGAAGCCUGUCAAAGAGAUGAUAUCCUGCCUUCAGAGUCACCCCGAGCACAUGUAAAAUCAAUCAGGCCGCUGCAGUAAUGCAGCUUUCUGUCUUUCCAAUUUAUAUUUGGGUCCCAGUGGAUGUAUCCUUAAGCUUCAUACAAAGCUGCUCACUAGGCAACUGUAACAACAUGAAUGUGUCUGAGUGGGUGCAGCGGGGGUUUGGUUUGGUUUUCAGCCCCCUUUAGCAUCACGUGUUGCACUGGCUUGGUGACUGGCUAAAACAACAACUGCUUUUAGAUAAGCAGCUCGGAACUGGCACGACAUACCUGGUGUAUCGACACGAGUGCGUACAAGGGUCUACACCUCUGUGAUCCAACAAUACAAGACACAAGCAACAUUGGCUCGUCUCUCAUUGAAGCUCCGUCCAAAAUCCACUGGACGCAGUGGGAAAAAUGCCACCAGUUUCAAUGGAGGCUGAAUCAAGCCAGUCACCUUGCAGUGUAAGGAGUUUUUCAAUUACUGUUCAUUUUUAUUGUGGAUACGUAUUGAAGUUUGGAUGUUUUGCAUGUUUUUAUUCUUUUAAGGAAUAUUAAUGGAAACAAGUGGUAGCAGGUGUUCACAAGCCUAUAGGGAUGUUUUAAUGACCUCCAUUGAACAGUAUCAUGAUUUUUGGAAGUCUCAAACUAUCAGACUAUUUGAAAAGCAUUUUUAAGUGAAUUUGAAGUUUUUAAGUAUACUGUUUUAAAGGGAUCGCUAGAGGGGGAGCGUUGCUUCCCCUUCUGUUUUUUAAUCCUUGCAUUUUUUGUAUUUCUGCAUCUCUUUCUUGUUGUUCUGAGUGGUUACAAUCCUCUAGAAUCCCAAUCCAGAAAAAUAAGCAGGAGAUUUUGCCUUGGGGCUUUUGAGUCAUGGAGCUUAGGGUUUGUCCUAGCGCUAUCCGUAUGAUGGUUCUGUUUUGGUGUGGCUGCCUUGGGGAAGGACACUCCUGGGAUAUCCACCACUCACAACCCUUACUCUGUCUUUCUAGUUUAGCCCUCAGGCUCGUGGCAGCCCAGGGAGCAUUUGGGGUGCCAAGGGCCCCUGCCAAGAGGCCUGGGCGCCCAUAUGCUGAGCGCAACCCAGUCCCUGCGCGCCUGCUGGGAGCAUGGAGAGACAGCAAGUCCUCACACUGCUCUUGUGCUGGGAAAAAAUAUGUAGAGGGUUCUGGGUCUAGUCUGGUGACCGGCUCUGAAAGUUUCUCAGAGGCCUCUCUGUUAUACCCCAGGUACCUCAGUUUGUUUGUUUGUUUUUAGGUACUUUUGCUUUAUCAAGAGGGUAAAUUUGAAUUAUUAUCAGAGAAUCUGUGAUGCUCAGUUGUCAGCAUCAGGUUGUGAUUUUAUUUGUUUUUGUUGACUUGAUGCAAGAGAAGAUUGAUGACUCUUUUAUCUUGCCUUUCUUUGCCAACAGCAAAGAAAGUAUGCAGUUUCUAUACUGAACUGUGAACUUCUUGGUUAAAUACAUGCUAGGCACAGGAAAAGUGGAGUCAUACUUGCAGCAUGGAGAUUCACAGAGCUUAACAGCCUGAACUGAAUAUCCAGCCCAGACUUCUGAGCACCAUCAGAAGCGACUGCCUUCUGCAGUGGUGCUUGUAGGCCAGAAAUUGUGAGCACAGACCCUUUCUGAAGCUUUAAUGUCUCCUUUGGGACUUGCUAAAACAAAGAGGAUGCGUGAGAAUAAUCAUCCGUACUUGAGUAGCUUGGAUCACCCUGGAAUUAAGUGUCAGGGCAGCUUCAUUAAGGCAGGAAGGUGCUUCAGCUCAGGGCUGCCAUUUCUUGAGCUCCUGAAGAGUUUUGCAGUAGUUCAGGAAGAUCAUGUGAAUGUUGACAGAUAUUCAGGGAUCCGAAAGGUUAUUUUGCCUUAUUUUUGCCUUCAGAUUUAGUGCUAAAUAUAACGGCGACGGCCAGAAGUUAAAUGUUGUGAGACAUUUGUGGGAAUCGGGGAAGUAACUGGCACAGCUGACAGGGAGAAGACACUCUGCUUAGGCAAGGGAAAAGGUGUUUGGAGGUUGUUGUAGGUUGUUACACUAACGCACAGGCGGCUCAUACACUCCUUGGUACAGCCUAACUCCCUGUGUGUCUGCUUGUGGUUGUCUUUCGUUUUAAAUACCAGGCUGUCUGGCUUUGCCUUGUUAGAUACACAGACAUAUACAUAUGUAUAAAUGUUUUCUUUUUUACAUGCAGUAUGUGUUUUGUAACAUACAUAAAGGGCUCUAUAAGCUAAAUGUGGUAAAUUAAUAUAUAUUUUAAGAUGAUUUCUGUUCUAAGGUUUCCACUGAAACCUUAAAACUUCAUUGCUGUUGUUUUGUACAGAAACCUGUUCAGUGGGAAAUCGAAAGCAAGGCUUUCUAUGUGACUUUGAGUCUAUUAUGAUAUUCUUUUCAGACAAUAAGUGUUUUCAGUAGCAGCAAUAAUUUAUUUUACUUUCUGUAGAUGUUUCACUAUUCAUUUGUACUGGCUUUUUACUGCUUGAGAACAUUCAGCUUGACAUUGUAUUUUUCCCCACUAAUAUUUACUACUAAUUAUGAAACUGUGAUAUGAUACUGGAACUGAAUGAUUAGGAUUCUGUUCUGCAAACCCUCUGUUUUGCCUAAUAGUGGCCUGGUCUUUCCCCUGUUGUACGAUUUCUUCAUCCAAGGUCCUAAAUUUGUGACUACUGAUCAAUUACUGAACGUUAAUCA